AUGGUUUACUUUAGUCCGCGUGGCAUGCAACCGUGUAGUCCAGCGGGAGAAGUCGCAAUGAUGCCGCCGUCGAAGAGUCCCGUGAUGGAGAGCGCCGCCUCCGACCAGAAUCCUGGCCAGCAGAGCCAGCAGAGUCAGCGGAGCCAGCAGCAGGACGAGCAGAGCGCCAAGCGGGCGUGUCCCCUGAAGUUCUCGAUAGCCAAGAUCAUGGAGCCGGAUCACAGGCCCAGCCAGGUGCCGCCGCCGCAGCCCGCUCCGGUUUCCUACGCCACCAACAACAACAACAACAGCAACGAUGACGACGAGGAUGAGGAUCCGGAGAUCGAUGCCGACUCGGAGCGCUCCUGCAGCCCCAUCGAGGUGAUCAGCCUGGAUCAGUCGCCAUCCACGGCAUCCAACUACGACUCCGCUUUUAAGAAGUAUGUGCCGGGUGCCUGUUCGGGCGCCACUGCGUCGGUGGCCUCGCCGCCGAGCACCGCCGCUGUGCAGCAGUUCGUGAGCUCCCGCCACCAGGAGCUGCUCUCGCAGUAUCCCCUGCUCUACUAUGCACCCAAUCAGCUGAUGUGCGCCGCCGCUGCCGCCCAAUACGCGGCCCUCACCGCCCAACAGCAAUCGCUGGCCAGCGCCGCCCACCUGAGCAGCUUCACCGCCUCCCUGAACGCCAGCCUGCAUCACUCGCAGUCGCUGCGCAGGAAUCUGGGCCAUCCGCUGGCCGCGGCCGCUGCCGUGGCGGCGGCGGCCCAAUCCCAGGCGGUGCCCAAUCUGCAACAGAGCCUGGAGAAGUCGCCAGUGGCCCAGCGAACUGCGCAGAGUUCGGGAUUGCAGGCGAACUUGAAGAGGAAACGAUCGCCGCAGGAUCAGGGCGAGGUGACGCCGCCACCAGCGUCUACUGCCACGUCCGCCACUGGAGCCCGAUCGCGCUCCCCAUCGCCGCAAGGAUCCAUCGAGGACAGCAGUCCGGGAUCGGCCAGCGGCGGCAAGCCCAAGACCUUCUCCUGCCUGGAGUGUGGCAAGGUGUUCAACGCCCACUACAACCUCACCCGCCACAUGCCCGUCCACACCGGUGCCAGGCCGUUUGUGUGCAAGGUCUGCGGCAAGGGAUUCCGCCAGGCGUCGACUCUCUGCCGGCACAAGAUCAUCCACACGUCGGAGAAGCCGCACAAGUGCCAGACCUGCGGCAAGGCCUUCAAUCGCUCCUCCACCCUCAACACCCACUCGCGCAUCCACGCCGGCUACAAGCCCUUCGUGUGCGAGUACUGCGGCAAGGGGUUCCACCAGAAGGGCAACUACAAGAACCACAAGCUGACCCACAGCGGCGAAAAGGCCUACAAGUGCAACAUCUGCAACAAGGCCUUCCACCAGGUGUACAACCUCACCUUCCACAUGCACACGCACAACGACAAGAAGCCCUACACCUGCCGCGUCUGCGCCAAGGGAUUCUGCCGGAACUUCGAUCUGAAGAAGCACAUGCGCAAGCUGCACGAGAUCGGCGGCGAUCUCGAUGACCUGGACAUGCCACCCAGCUACGACAGGCGGCGCGAGUACACGCGCCGGGAGCCACUGGCCUCCGGCUACGGCCAGGCCUCCGGUCAACUCACGCCGGACUCCAGCUCCGGCAGCAUGUCGCCGCCCAUCAAUGUGACCACACCGCCACUGUCCAGCGGCGAGACGAGCAAUCCCGCCUGGCCCAGGUCCUCCGUUUCGCAGUACCCGGCCGGCAGCUUCCACCACCAGCUGGGCGUGGCGCCACCGCACGACUAUCCCAGCGGCUCCGCCUUCCUGCAACUCCAGCCGCAGCAGCCACAUCCGCAGAACCAGCAGCACCACCAGCAGCAGCAGCGGCUCUCGGAGACGUUCAUAGCCAAGGUGUUUUGACAGCGAUACUACGCGGAAAGCUUGAACAGCUCCACGGGGUCGACCUCGACGACCAGCUCCACGGUGACCACCAGCACCACCACCACCACCACGGCCAUAUCCACGAUGGCCGGCGCCAGGAGCGAUCUGCUGAUCGACUGACUGCAGUUCGUGGCAGCGGCGGCCGCUGCGAGCAGCUCCAAUUCCGGAAGGGACACCGGCGAGUCCCCAUCCCCGGAGCUCGGAUGCACGGCUCUGGGCAGUGCUGUCCGCGCACUAAACGGACUCUUCUAGGCCCAAGGACCUGCCCACCUCCACCACCCACCCCGAAGAACCUCAGCAG